UGCAUGAAUGACACCAAGCAGCACGUAUUUGUCGAGCGGCGGGCUGUCCUGAACUUGGCUCAUAGCUGUGGUCUUGGUAUUGUCGCUGAAGAAGAGUGGCUAGAGGGAUACCAGUUAUAUGUUGUUGAACAAUGGAUAUGCGACCGAAAUGUCACCUCUAAUGCCAUCAAGGUGUUUACUGGAGAUCCCUCGCAUAGGAUCAAAGUCUGCGUUAUUGCGAUCACCAGCGCCGAUCUACAGAAUCCCAAUGCAGAGCUGCGCUCGCAUCUAGAGAUAUUCAGGAACGACAGUUCUCUAAAACCAAAAUCUACUCGACUUGGUGAAAUCAUGUUAACAGAUCCUAGCGAAUACGAUAUGGACAUGGUACUUAUACCGGAUGGUGACUACGAAGCAUGUAUAAAGCAAGUGUAUGUCAACAUCAAUCUACGAAAAUGCAAUUGCACAGGACGUAGUGCUCUCAAUCUGAACCAUGCAAAUCAAGCGUCGCAGGACAAGUUUAGAUCCCUUUACCGAAUUUCAGACGUCGUACCGUUUGACGAUGCGGUGAUCAAUUUGGUGACGGUUGCUCAGACUGCAUUAUUCCUAUUUCACCUACUGAAGAAAGAGUAUAUAGACGGGCUGCUGUGUAAUGAAACAAUGAAGGCAUUUGGAAGCUUUUACAGGGAAUAUAAUCCAGCAGAUAUACAAGAGAUCCGCGAAGCUUGGAUGGAGCCACACUUACUCACAGCUCUAAUCACCAAACUCAUAAUGUGUCGCCAAAAGCUCUACAACCUAGGAUUUACUACGGUUAAAGAUCCUUUUACGGACCACGAGACAUUUUCCUACAACAUCGCUAAUUUUCAGCGUUCCAAGGGUCUACUACGGACAGGGGCAAUUGACCUUCCCACAUUGGAAAAACUGGAUCAGUACACCCUGGGACCUUUAAAAGUCAGGAAGGCCAUAAAAUCAAAGCUGGAUGAUAUUUCUGGCAUGGGCAAUUCACCCUUGGUUAGUGAAACCUCGGAUCCAGAUAUAUUCUCGAGGCAUGCCACCAUCGAUAGUCUUCGCGUAAUUUGGAGGCCAAGAUUGAAGGGAAGCAACAACUAUGAUGUCGAUUUUCCUGUUGAUUGGAUUCAAGGAAGCAAGUCUCUUCUUCGGGGUGUAUCGGCGAGAACGACCAAAACAAGCGAGGUAGCUGCUGGGAUGAUAUCCAAGGUAGCUGGUUCUUUCACAAGGAUGGCAGCGCAUGAUCCUCGCAACAGGUUCGAUAGGCACAACUCUAAUAAAAGUACCUGGUAUAAUUACUCUAUGAACGACAAUAUCGGCUGGGCUCCAGGGCUACCGUCUGAAGAGAGGACUCGCAGAGGAAGUGGUAAAUCUCGAACAUUUCAUCCGGGUGGCGCUAGCUCUAGAGAAGCCUUGCAGAAAUUUCCAACGACUUCCGAUUUGUCCAUAUCCCCUCAAGGCUCUCCGUCUGCUCCACUUGAAGACAAAUCUAGAUUACGAUCACCUCCACAGUCACCCGGAAUUGGUUUUGAGAAUGAUGAUUCGGCGUCAGACUCGGAGAGAGACAGUGCGCGGCCUUCUUUAGAGCUCUUGGAUAAAGAUCUUCCUUCUGCGUUUAAUAAGAAGUUAUCAAGAGUUGGAACGGAAACCUCUAAUAUUAGCAGCAAGUUGACAGGAUUGAAAACGGCAGACGAUGAUUCCCCAAUGACGCCGAGCGAGGAAUUCCACGAUGCUGUACCCCACCAAGCGGAGACACCGGCUGUCAAAGUAAUUGCAGCGGAAUCCCGACCCAGAAUGCUACGAUCCGUAUCUGAUAGUAUGCUACCUAUGGCGGUAUCUUCGCAGCCAAUGGAUGAUUCACUACACAACGAUGCGGAUGAAGGACAUGCCAUUGUGUUCUCAGAUACAGAUGAUGUUGAUGUUUACAACAAAAAGCAUUCUUUGCUUUUCCAACGCGCCCAUUCUUUCACUUCCGUACCGAUGUUAACCCAGAUUCCAAGAAAAUACGCGACAAUGGAUGUAAAGACCUAUAUUUUGUAUGACAAACUGCUUGAUCAGCAAGCUGAAUUGACUGCCGCUGUCACAGAGCUAGAGCAUACGUCACAAAUGUAUCAAGAGCAAGCCCGCAGAUUAAAGGCGACAUGGCUUCACAGAAAGCAGAUGUUUGAGGAAACAGAAGCAGCUGCUAAUGAGAUAUUGGAGGAGGAAGCGCGAAUGGAAAGUACUGUAAAAGGUCUUGAGGACGGCAGCGCAAAGUUGCUCUACGAAAUGAAUGUUAUUAACGACAAGCUGAAAGACGUGGAGGAAAAUGUCACUAAUUUUUACAGCAAAGUUGAACUGCUGGAGACCAAAAUGCACAAAUCCCAAAGAUCAGCCACUACCAUGCUGAUUGUUAGUAAUUACUUUAAUCAUUAUAUCGACAAGUUCAAAAACAGCAUCUUUGGCCCACCCGCAUCAGCUCCCUUUGCUAGCGAGGACCGUUAAUCAUUCUCUUACCCGUAUACACUUAUAAUGACUAUCAUA